AAUAUAACAUACAUAUCCUCUUCGCUAUUUUUGCCUUUCUUAUUUCUCUUCGAAAAAAAUAAAGUGAGAGAGCGCUCUGCCUCCCAUUUUUCACUUCACCGCUCAAACUUCUUUUGCUGUCAUCUCUUCACUUCACUCUAAGGUAUGCACAUAUUAAACAAAGAAACGGGGCUUAACUUUUAAAGUUGAGAUUUUUCCGAUGAGCUCUAAAUUGGGUUUUUCUUUUCUUUUAAUGUUUUUUCUUGAAGUUUUUUCCCCUUAAAAACUUCAAGAAAGAAGAAAAUCAUGGUGUUUCUUUCUUUAUCUUUCAGUUUGUUGUUUUGCGCCUUGUGCUUUCUUUCAUUUCUUGAAGUUUUCCAACUCAGAUUUGAUCUUUAUUCUUUCUUUUCUUUUAUGUGGGUGUAUGUAUGUACAUCUUUGAAUUGACUGUUUUUCAGGACUUCGCAUUUUCUAGGCUGAUAUACUGUAGAUUUGUUCUUUGUCUUCUUUUUUAUUUAAUUUUAUUUUUGUGUUUCCAUUUUGAGUCAUAUUAUUAAUUCUAUGCUUUGAUUCAUUUGGUGAUAUCGUUAAUGGUUGUUUUGGUUUAUUGCCAUUAAUGGGUGUUAGAUCAGUAUUCUGUUUCCACUAAUGUUUUUUGUGCUUGUUGAAUUUGUAUCUCUAUUAGUAGUAUGCAGUCCUUUUUUUUUUUUUUUUUCCUCUUUUCUUUUUUUUAUAUGAGUAUAAAGUUACUUCAUGUUAAUGGUCUCUGGAGAAAUAGUAACCUUUUGCCUUUUGGCCCUUUAUUGUUGGGCCUCUUUCAGAUGUUAAACCAGACAUGCAGUUGGAAAAAAGUUGAUUGAUUUUCUUCAUAAUUUCAGUAAUUAGUUUAAUGAUUAUGCAAAGUCUUAGGUUUUGUUUCCACCAUUAUCUGGUUUUUCUAUUGUCUUGAAGUCUUAUAAUGAUAUUAGCCAGUAUAAGUUUUCGGUAAAUGAAAUAGUUAUCCCCUUUUCAAUAUAUGCAUAUCCUAGGGCAUUCUCAUUGUAUAUUUCAACCUUACAAUAUCCUGUUGCAUUCCUCUUUUUUUUUGUUUUGUAGAUUUUUUUUGUAAACAACUGCAAUGGAUCCUCGAUUCAAUCCGUUGCCUGAUCCUGGGAACACUUUCGAGUUUGACGAUCAGAUCAAUUUGCCAAGCUUUGAGGAAUCUCUGGAAUUUCCUCAGAAUUAUAACAAUGAGUAUGCAUCUUUUGGUGUCCCUUACACUGCACCAAGCCAAGACAUUGAUAAUUUUGCUCCAUCCUCAAACGCUAGCUCGGAAGUAGACUCUCCAGAUGAUCACUACUCUGAUUCUCUAUUCAAGUACCUAAAUCAGAUACUAAUGGAGGAGAAUAUUGAAGAUAAGCCGAGCAUGUUUCAUGAUCCGCUUGCUCUAAAAGCUGCUGAGAAAUCCUUAUAUGAAGCCCUUGGCAAAACAUACCCUCCUUCACCCUAUCGUAUCCCUUCUCAGUUAGAAAGCCCAAGUCCAGACAGCAGUUUCCCGACUUCCAGUGACCAUAGUACAAGUAGUAGGAAUACCCAUAGUAAUUCCACCGAUCCUCACUGGAUUGUUGAUCCAGGUGAAUCUAGGUUGCCUGUGGGGUCCAUCCAACCUUUGCUGCAGAGUAACUCAGAGGGGUCCCGUGGUUCUUUAAACAACUUUGCUAACUCGAAUGGCCCUAUGAACUCUUUUUUAAACCCUAAUGUUGUUUCAAACGCGUUUACUGAUAGCGAGUCUAUCUUACAGUUCAGGAGAGGGAUGGAGGAAGCUAAUAAAUUCCUUCCAAAUCUUAGUCAAUUUGUCAUUGAUUUGGAUAACUAUACGUUGCCUCCAAAGACGGAAGAAGUGACCAAAGAGGCUGUGGUCAAGGUAGAGAAGGAUGACAGGAAUCACUCACCUAAUGGCACGAAAGGAAGAAAGCAUCAGUAUCCUGAGGACAGUGAUUAUGGAGAUGAAAGGAGCAAUAAACAAUCAGCAAUAUAUGUUGAGGAGGAGGUUGAGUUAUCAGAGAUGUUUGACAGGGUUCUCCUGCUAGGCGAGACAAUGUGUUGUGAUGGGAAUGACAAGUCUGAAAUGCCAUCUAAAGUAGACAAGAGUUUGGAUCAGAAUGGACAUGGAAAAACUCGUGCUAAGAAACAAGGGACUAAAAACGAAGCUGUGGAUCUAAGGACUCUCUUAAUUAGCUGUGCACAAUCGAUUGCUUCUGAUGACUACAGAACGGCAUAUGAACAGCUAAAGCAGAUCAGGCAGCAUUGUUCUUCUACUGGUGAUGCAUACCAAAGGCUGGCCAGUGUAUUUGCUGAUGGCCUUGAAGCCCGGUUGGCUGGCACCGGCACUCAACUAUAUGCUGCCCUUGCUCCGAAAAAGAUAACAGCUGCUGAGAAAUUGAAAGCAUACCAGGUUUACCUUUCGGCAUGCCCGUUCAAGAAAAUAUCAAUAUUCUUUGCAAAUAAAAUGAUCUUUCACACAGCAUCAAAUGCCAGGACAUUACAUCUCAUAGAUUUCGGUAUACUUUAUGGUUUCCAGUGGCCAAUACUCAUCCAACUUCUCUCACAGUUACCUGAUGGGCCUCCAAAGCUUCGUAUUACUGGAAUAGACCUUCCCCAAUCCGGCUUCAGGCCAGCAGAAAGCUUAGAACAGACGGGGACCCGCUUGGCGAAAUAUUGCGAGCGCUUUGAAGUACCGUUCGAAUAUAACGCUAUAGCAACACAGAAUUGGGAGAAUAUUAAAAUCGAGGACUUGAAACUUGUAAGCGGUGAGACUGUCGCUGUGAACUGUCUUUUUCAUUUUAAGAACCUUCUGGAUGAAACAGUUGUGAUAGACAGUCCGAGGGAUGCGGUUCUGAGCUUAAUUAGAAAGAUGAAUCCGGAUAUUUUCGUGCAAGCUGUAAUCAAUGGAUCUUAUAGUGCACCCUUCUUUGUCACUCGCUUCAGGGAGGCUCUCUUCCAUUUCUCAACUCUUUUUGACAUGUUUGAUGCUACUUUACCCCGUGAUGAUCAGCAGAGGUUGCAUUUUGAACAAGAUUUUCUUAGACGCGAGGCAAUGAAUGUCAUUGCUUGUGAGGGUUCUGAGAGGGUUGAAAGGCCUGAGACGUACAAGCAAUGGCAGGUCCGUAAUAUGAGGGCUGGAUUCAAGCUUCUUCCGUUGAACCAACUCCUCAUGCAGAAGUUAAGGAGCAAGGUGAAAGGGGGAUACAAUCGAGAUUUUGUGUUCGAUGAGGAUGGCAAAUGGAUGUUACAGGGUUGGAAAGGCCGGAUAAUAUGUGCUAGUUCGUGUUGGGUGCCAGCAUAGAAGUAUCUGAAACAUUGUUUUAGUCAGACUCAGUUUAUAAGGAUGCUGUUAUGUAGCCAAAAACGGCGUGUUCUUAGCUAUUUUGUACAUAAUGCUGGCUCUAGAAAGGAUUAGUCGCUGAUCUUGAUUUAGUGUGGUGAAACACAUGUAUGAAAUGUUAGUGUGACUUAGCGUUGCUUGUCAGUCUACUUGUGAUUGUUCUGUAAAAUUGGCCUAAUGGAGUUGUUGUCUAUGAGUUCAAUUUUCAUUACGGAGAAAAGAGGAUAUUUGAAAGCCAUU